AUGAACGAGGACAUUCCCUCUCUCUGUAUCUCUCUCUUUCCGCGUCAACUCGCGGGCGGCUUUUUGUGUCGCGUAUCUGUCGAUUUCCAUUUUGAAAAUCCCCCCACAAAGAAAGUUCUGAUGACAUCAUCGUCGUCACCUUCCGCGCUUCGACGAAAGUUGCGUAAAAUACUCGAUGAGAACGCGUCGAACGAAUCCGUUCGAGACGCCGGUUUGCACUCUCUCGCGAACGCACUCGAGGAAAACGAAUGUAUGCGAAUGGAAAUUGGAAAGUUACGAGCAGACGCGCGACUGUAUAAAAAGAAAGACGCGGAGAACAAAAAGGAGAUUGACGCGUUGCAAAAACUCUCGGAACCGAACGAGUGGAGUGAACAAAGGCUGAAGUUAUACGAGAAGCAGUUUCGUAAGGUUUUAGAAAUGCACGCGGAGACGCGCGACAAACUUAGGAAAACAGAGGCACGAAUGCUUCUGCAAAGGUGGAGGUUUCUGAACGCCUUGGCGAAAGCGAGAAGGAACGACGCGAGCGAAGGAGACGUGGUGGAGAAAUUAGAAGAGAAAAUAGAACAGUUAGAAGGAGAAAACGCGGAGCUACGGAUUGAUUUCGUGACCGCGGAAAAGGCGCUGAAGAGGUUGCAGUUAGAUGUUAAGCACACCAUGUUGCUUCGAGCGAAAGAAAAAUGGGACGCGGACGAUGAAGACGACACGGAUAUCUCGGAAUGA